CAUGGAGGAGCGGGAGCGGGGGGCGAGGUCGGCUCGCGCCGGGAGCCCCGCGCGGCCGCCCAGCCCGCGGCUGGAUGUCAGCUCCGACAGCUUCGACCCGCUGCUGGCCCUAUACGCGCCCCGCCUGCCUCCCAUCCCCUACCCCAACGCUCCCUGCUUCAACAACCUGGCCGAGUACGAGAGCUUCCUCAGGACCGGGUGCCGGGGCGGCGGGCGCGGCCGGGCGCGGGGCGCGGCCGCGGGCUCGGGGGGCCCGGCCGCCGCUGCCGCCGGGCCCUCGGGCAGGACCCGCCGCCGCCCGGACGCCCCCGCCCCAGACCCCGAGCGCAUCCAGCGCCUCCGCCGCCUCAUGGUGGCCAAGGAGGAAGGGGACAAGGCCGCCGGGGCGAGGCGGCGGGGUCCGGGCCGGAGCAGGAAGGCGCCGCGCAACGUGCUCACGAGAAUGCCCUUGCAUGAAGGCAGCCCUCUGGGUGAACUCCAUCGUUGCAUCCGGGAGGGGGUGAAGGUGAAUGUUCACAUCCGCACUUUCAAGGGACUUCGGGGCGUCUGUACGGGCUUCCUCGUUGCAUUUGACAAGUUCUGGAAUAUGGCACUUACUGAUGUGGAUGAGACCUAUCGAAAACCUGUUCUAGGCAAAGCAUAUGAACGGGAUUCUUCAUUGACUCUCACUAGGCUCUUUGAUCGACUAAAACUGCAGGAUUCCUCCAAGAAGGAAACAGAUUCUAAGUCUGCAGUUGAAGACUCCACUCUGUCCAGAUACUCUCAGACAUCCACAUGGAAGGUGGCUUCAGUGUGGGGAAGAGGAGACACUGACCGGGGUUCACGCAAGCGUUCCCGCUCCGUCCCUUCUUCCCUGCAGGCAUCUGUAAGGGAAGAGUCCAGGUCAGAGCUGUCAGGGAGGACUACACGGACAGAUGGGUCGAGUGCGGGAGGUACCUUUUCCAGGGCUACCACCCUUUCCAGGGGCCAGCCCCGUAAGAAAAAGCGAAAGCCCAAAGUAGAUUACCAGCAGGUAUUCACUCGACACAUAAAUCAGAUUUUCAUUCGAGGCGAGAAUGUCCUGCUGGUUCAUCUUGCACAGUGACCAGCCCGGCCUCACUUGAGCUUUGGUUUUUAGAAAUAAAAUGCAUGAGUCGCUGCUAAGCUAUAUCCUAGUAUCCCAGUAAAACUCUGAGUUGGAAUGAUUCCCUCUGGUCCGGCAUGUGCAGAACAUAGAGCCAGGCCCGGGUCCUCUGGGAGAUGAGGUCCCUGAAGGGGAAACAGUCCUUAAGAGAGUGGGUGGGUGUUUGCAUUAAUAUCAAGGUAAAAGCUGUACAGAGGUACAUGAAUCUUAUUUGGUAUCAUGGUCUACUUCAGACACUUAAACCAAAUAUUAGAUCUUGUAUUAGGGAGCAUGGUAUAAAUUGAAUUUGCUCCACAGACACUAUGGCAUGGUGAAGGAAAAAACCACCUCAAAAAGAAUGAUCUCAUUUCUAAAAGCCAGUGCCCUGAGUAAUCAUAAACUUGUUUCUAAGAGUAGCUGUAUAAAUCACCCUGAGCCCUGUACCACAUCUUAUAACUGACCUUUGAAUUUUGCUCUACACCAUUCUCUCUUGAUCAAGAAAUGUAAUUUUUAAUAUCUAUAAUAAGGCUACCAGUUUAAGAGUGAAAUUUGUGUAGGUGGUAUGCUCAAAGCAUCUAGCAAUGAAUGCUGUGUUUCUAUCCCUCUCCACAUUAUGGUCUUCCUUUUGCCAGAGGUGGCUUCUGCAGGCCGUGUACCAGCUGGAACUAUAAGAUGCUCUUGUCCUUCUCCUUCACUUCUGUGGCAUGGUGCUAGUGCGUGUACCCUGUGUAUUGCCCCUCUGUAUAUAGUGUGAUCUGCCCUGUGAGUUUUAUGGCAGGAACUGUGACCUUCAUGUCUGGCUUCAAAGAGUUCUUCAUGAACUGAGUAAUACACACUCAUCAUGUGGCUGAGAGUACCCUUUCCAGGCAGGGCUGGCCCUGUCUAGAGUAUCUUUCAGGAUGGUUUCCAUGAAACAGUGGUGGAGUUUUAUUCCCUUGUGUCAGGCCAAAGAGGUUCUCACAGAAUACAACGGUGGUGUCUAUAAGGGACACUUUACUCAGCCCAGCUUGAGUAAUAGGGACACCAGACCUCCUGCUACUACUUCUACUUGAAUCAUAUGUUUUUCCAAUCACCAGUGCAAAAUAGGCUACAUCUUGACACAGACUGUUAGGCAAUAUUGACCUUUCGUUUUGUUAGUUUAUGCAUUAUUUGUUUUUCUUUUAGAUAACUUAUGUUCAGAGUGAGAAUGAGAAAUAGCUAACUAGUUAAAACAUUUGAAAAGAAAAACUUCCUCUGCUGUAUUUGUUGUAUAACUUAAGCCUUCUGAGAAGCAGGUGAAUCAAGUUCAGGGAGCUGGGACUCCUGGUCCAUUAGCGAGCUGGGCCUCUGACUCAUCAUGUAGGGAGAAGAGAGCAGACUAACCCCUCUGUGCCUCAGUUUUUCCCCACCAGACACCUACCUCACAGGGGCACUGAGCAAAAGAAUUUGGGGAAGGCAUUUUAAAGUCUUUUAACGUGUGUAAGUGCCACGAGUAGUUUUUACUCACUCUGUUUCACAGCUUGGUAAAAGUUCAAUGUCUCAUGAGCAAGGUAGGUGCUAUGUAAUAUAAGAAAGUAAUCUCCGUAGGUGUCACAGUUAUGAUCUUGUCAUCACAAGGCAGGGAUAUCUUCAGGAACUAUUUUCCAUGUUCCAUUCCUUUCUCCUAAGGGACAAUGGAAGUUCUCAGAAGAGUAUCUUCAAUAAAAGAAGAGUAACAUUUCUUUGCUGGUUCCUCACAUCCCAGCCGCCACCCUUUUCUGGGCACGAUGAGAGGGAAUUCCCCUGUACUUUUUGAGGCGUUUAUAUGACAGCACCAAAGGAAGGAUGCACAUCUAAAAAUGACACAUCCCCAAAAGGGAAUCUGUGGAAGUUGUUUUGUUUUGUUUAUUUGAUUUUGUUUCAAAAUGCAUUUUAAAUAUACUCUUUAGAGCCAGAUUAGGUGCACUGAACAUUUAGAGAGGUUCUAGGUUACAAAUGCUAGUGAACAAUUAUCUUUGGAAUCUGCCAGUCUAAAUCUCUUCUAACCAGUAUGUCUAAAAUCUCAGUUCCCCAAAUUAAUAGUUGUCUUGUUUAAUGAUCAGGCACCCCUGCCUCUACCUCUUUACCAUUCUUCCCUGUUUGGCUGUCCCCAUCUCUCUGUUCUCUUGUCCCUCAACUAGAAGCUGUAAUGGUUACUAGAUUUUCCCAAUAAAGUAGAAAUUUGGAAUCAAAAGGAAUAUAAUCAGUUUCCAUUCAUUGUAGUGUCUGAUUAAAUCUAACCUGAUUUACUUUAAACACAUGUUCAUUUUCUUAUUUGCAUAUAAUUUUCAUAUAUCCAUAUAAGGGUUGAUUUACCGCUUUUUACACAACUUAACAAUUCUGGCUCUGAAAAUUAUUUUAAAACUGUUUGUGAUCUGUCUUAUGUGCCCAUAUGCCCCUAUUUAUUUCUUUGGUUUGGACAGUGAUUCUGUAAUGAUUACUAUCUAGUAAAUGUGCUGUUUUGUACAAAGCAUGAUAGACAUUUUUUAGACGAGUAAAUUUUUAAAAAUUAUUGCCUUUUCUUUAUUAUUGGAGAAAUUUUUCAAAAGGAAGGAAAAAUAUGUCCUAAAAAUGUAUAUGCUGCUCAAAAAUGUGAUCAUCUAAGACAUUUUAAUAAGUUGCUGUGGAAAGAGCUAAGUCUUGCUCAGGAGAAGGCAAGAAAAGAAAAGGGGAAAGUAACAGCCAAAUGGUAGAUUUCUGGAGGCCCCCCACCAACUCACUGAGGGGACCCUAAGCAGCCGAAAUACAGCAAAAAUUGGCUUCUCGUAUGCUCCAGGGAUUUGAGCUUGAGACACUAGUAUUUCUUUUUGAACAUUCAACUUUGGUUCUUCAAAGUAAUCUCUAGACAUGGGAGCAUGUUUUCGGGGCAGUUCACAGGGCAGACCUGUGUACUUGUUGAGGUCUUCUCAGGAGUAUCCAGCUAUGUUAGGAAGUAACAAUGGAUCAAGAAAUGGAAGGUGUGACUCAGUGACAAGAACAAGGACACAGAUGCAGAGAAUGGACUGGAGAACUUGAGGUUUGGGGGGGCGGGGGGUGAAGGGGAAGCUGAGACGAAGCAAGAGAGUAGCACAGACAUAUAUAUAGUACCAACUGUUAAAUAGAUAGCCAGUGGGAAGUUGUUGUAUAACAAAGGGAGUCCAACUCAAGGAUGGAGGAUGCC